AAGAAUAAAACAGCGAAAAGUGCACACAUUUGAACUCGGAAAAAUAGUUUCAGUGCAAGAAGAACAAAAACGCUAGGGUUUUUGCGUUUGAUUUGUGUUUUCACUUUCGUUUCACACUCUCAACUUUUUUUCAAGAACCUCAUGAUGAACGCUGAUCCUUCUCUCCCCGUGUUAACAACCGAGCAGAUUCAAAAGUGCUUGGAGGAGAAUGAGGAGUUGAUAAUGAAAAUACUGGAAGGUCAAAAGCAGGGGAAGCACAGCGAGCUCGGACCAUAUCAAGCCAAGCUUCAGCAUAACCUGACUUUUCUCGCCAAACUGGCUGAUUUUGGACCCCAGGCGAGGCCACAGGCACAAACACAUUCUCAGGGGCAAGGCAUGCAGCAGCAACAUCAAGUACCAAUGCCACUGCAACGACCAGACUUUGCUGUAAACUCAGCUUUUGAUAUGAAUGAGCAGCAGCAGCUGCAACAACAACACUUGACAAUGUCUUUACAACAGCCUGAUCUUUCCGCUUCAAAGUUUGCUUUCCAGAUGAAUGAGCAGCAGCACAAUAAGCAACCAACUUUCUUCCAACAUCAACUUUUUCCUGAAGGCAUGAAUAGCUUUACUGGUACCAACAACCGUGGCAUGCAAACAGGAAACAACAAUCUGCCAGAUAUGCAAUCAUUCGAGUACCAAAUUGGAUCAGACGUAAGUCCUGGUUGGUCUUAGGAGUAGUCUGAAUUUGGAUCUUGUGAAAAACUGGACAUAUACAAAACCAUGAAAUGUCUCUCAACUUCUGAAAUACUAUAUGUGAGACUGUCUUUCAAACUUUAACAAUGAUAUUUUUAUUUGAUAUUGAAAUGGGAAACGUUUAUUUUAGUUGAA